AUAAGAAAUCAAUCCAAUGGAAAAAUCCCUACAAUCACACACGAAGGUUUUCCUGUCUUCGAGACUUCUGCUAUCCUCUUGUACGCCGCUCAGCAAUACAAUAAGGAAAAUAUCUUCUCGCGUGAUGCUGUGAAGGACCCGAAAGGGUAUAGUGAAAUCUUGCAAUGCUUGAUUAAAUUAACGUUUUCGCAGCAUGGUAGUGUCGUUCCCAUGCAAGGCCAAUCAAGCAAGCCAUUUCAGCUUCAUCCCAGAGAAGUUGUAAGCCUCUCUUAUCCAUAUAUCAUCAACCGCUACCAAAACGAGACAAAACGUCUCUACGGCGUCCUCGAAUCCUGUCUCUCAAAACAAGACUACCUCGUAGGGAACGAAUACAGUAUCGCUGACAUCAAAGCCUUCGGCUGGGCACGCGCCCUUGAACGUGUUGGACUUUCGUUCUCUGAGUUCCAAAAGUUAAGGCGUGGGUUGACCGUAUUGAAGCGAGGCCUGCUGUCAAGGCUGCGUUAA